AUGCAAUUCGCAGAGUGGCUGUCAAAGCUAUCCCCUUCGUCUGUUCUAUUGUCUGUCUCAAUCGUAUAUGUUCUCUUCCGUUUAUUGCGCAUAGGUCAUCGCGAACAUGGUUUACCUCCAGGCCCAAAGACUCUUUCAAUUCUGGGAAACAUUCACCAGUUCCCACAACAAUUUCCGCAACUGAAGUUUGUGGAAUGGAUGAAAGAAUUUGGCGAGAUCUUCACAAUCAAGCUUUUCAACAGUAACAUGAUCAUCAUCUCCAGCCCUGCAGCUAUCAAAGACAUCCUUGACACGCGGGGUGCAUUGACUGGUGGAAGACCGAAAUCGCACAUGCAGCGCGCUGCUCAAGGGCUACACUUUGUGCUCGAGGGCACUGAAAAUCCUGUUUGGAAGCGUGGCAGAAAAGCAAUCACGCGUUUCUUGACGACAGACAACUUGAACUUGUACAUGGCCACACAAAAGGUUGAAUAUGUGCAAAUGCUCAAUGAUGUCCUCACCAAACCAGAUGACAUUUAUAACCACAUUCGACGAACUUCUGCAUCAGUCAUGACAUCCCUUGUCUACGGCAAGAAAUGCCUCACGUUCCAAAAUUCUUCCGCUGAGGAGUACUUCGAGGGCAUCAAGCUCUUUAAUGAGACGAACGAUCCCGGCGCAUAUCCUCCCAUCGAACUCCUCCCCUGGCUCAAGCAUACACCCCGCUGGCUGGCACCGUGGACAGAACAUAUUGAGCGAACCACCCGAGUGCGCAAUACGCUCUAUUAUGGCUUACUCGCGGAGCUUGAGGAGAAAAGGAAAGUGAACAAAGCCGAACCGUGCUACAUGAACUAUGUCCUGGACAACGUAGAAAAGCUCGGCAUGUCCUAUGAUGAGGUUGUGUUUCUGGGCGCUGUAUUGAUGGACGCCGGGGGUGAAACUGCAUCGUCAUACCUCCAGUCAUUCGUGCUCGCAAUGCUGAACUUUCCCGAUGCACAAAAAAAGGCUCAAAAAGAGAUUGACGCUGUAAUCGGCAAUGAUCGACUCCCGUGUUUUACAGACUACGACAGUUUACCCUAUCUACGAGCGUUAGUCGAUGAAGUCCACCGCUUUAGACCUAUCCUACCUAUCGGUCUUCCACGAAUCGCAACGCAGGACCUGGUGUACAAGGAUUAUGUGCUUCCCAAAGGCUCCAUGUUGGUUUUGAAUGCUUGGGGUCUGUUCCACGAUCCGGAGCUGUUUGACACGCCAGAUGUCUUCCGUCCGGAGCGAUAUCUGGAUUCCAAGUACGGCACGAAGUCGGGAGUGAAUACGGAGGCUUUGAGAGACAACAUUGCGUUUGGGGCAGGGCGAAGGAUAUGUCCCGGCGAGGAGAUGGGACGCCGUACUAUUGCUAUGAACACAAUGAACCUGCUCUGGGCAUUCAAGCUUACUCCAAAACAAGGCGAGAGCUCGACUAUGGAUAUGGACUCCUAUUCUCCUGGUCUUGAAAUGGCUCCAAAACCCUUCUCGUGCAACAUUGUGCCCCGUGUUGAAGCCCGCGCAGAGCUCAUUCGUGCCGAGUUUGAGUCACUUGCCAAACUUGAUUCUUAG